AUGUGUUUGGCUCCAACAGUCUGUGUCACUCACUGUUUGCAAAAUCUCACCCUCACCCCUUCCUCCCCUCUGGUCUCCCUCACCCCUCCUCCCCUCUGGUCUCCCUCACCCCUCCUCCCCUCUGGUCUCCCUCACCCCUUCCUCCCCUCUGGUCUCCCUCACCCCUCCUCCCCUCUGGUCUCCCUCACCCCUUCCUCCCCUCUGGUCUCCCUCACCCCUCCUCCCCUCUGGUCUCCCUCACCCCUUCCUCCCCUCUGGUCUCCCUCACCCCUCCUCCCCUCUGGUCUCCCUCACCCCUUCCUCCCCUCUGGUCUCCCUCACCCCUCCUCCCCUCUGGUCUCCCUCACCCCUUCCUCCCCUCUGGUCUCCCUCACCCCUCCUCCCCUCUGGUCUCCCUCACCCCUCCUCCCCUCUGGUCUCCCUCACCCCUCCUCCCCGCUGGUCUCCCUCACCCCUUCCUCCCCUCUGGUCUCCCUCACCCCUCCUCCCCUCUGGUCUCCCUCACCCCUUCCUCCCCUCUGGUCUCCCUCACCCCUCCUCCCCUCUGGUCUCCCUCACCCCUUCCUCCCCUCUGGUCUCCCUCACCCCUCCUCCCCUCUGGUCUCCCUCACCCCUCCUCCCCUCUGUCUCCCUCACCCCUUCCUCCCCUCUGGUCUCCCUCACCCCUCCUCCCCUCUGGUCUCCCUCACCCCUUCCUCCCCUCCCUGGUCUCCCUCACCCCUCCUCCCCUCCCUGGUCUCCCCCUCCUCCCCUCUAGUCUCCCCCUCUGUCCUCCUCUGCUCUCGUCUCCCCCUCUUCUUCACUCUCUCUUCCCUGCAGUCCUGUCUUUCGUCCCUUCCGCCUGGUCUCCCUCCUCUCCCUCCUCCCCCUCCUCCCGCGCCAUCCGCCUGGUCUCCCUCCUCCCCCUCCUCCCCCUCCUCCCCCUCCUCCCCCUCCUCUCCCUCCUCCUCUCCCUCCUCCCCCGCCUCCCCCUCCUCCCCCGCCUCCCCCUCCUCCCCCGCCUCCCCUCCUCCCGCGCCUUCCGCCUGGUCUCCCUCCUCCCCCUCCUCCCCCUCCUCCCCCUCCUCCCCCUCCUCCCCCUCCUCCUCCCCUCCUCCCUCCCUCCCUCCUCUCCUCCUCCCCCGCCUCCCCCUCCUCUCCCUCCUCCCCCUCCCCCCCUCCCCCCCUCCCCCUCCCCCGCCUCCCCCGCCUCCCGCGCCUUCCGCCUGGUCUCCCUCCUCCCCCUCCUCCCCCUCCUCCCCCUCCUCCCCCGCCUCCCCCGCCUCCCCCGCCUCCCGCACCUUCCGCCUGGUCUCCCUCCUCCCCCUCCUCCCCCUCCUCCCCCUCCUCCCCUCCCCUCUCCCUCCUCUCCCUCCUCUCCCUCCUCCCCCUCCUCCCCCUCCUCCCCCUCCUCCCCCUCCUCUCCCUCCUCUCCCUCCUCUCCCUCCUCCUCCCUCCUCCCCCUCCUCCCCCUCCUCUCCCUCCUCCCCCUCCUCCCCCUCCUCCCCCUCCUCUCCCUCCUCUCCCUCCUCUCCCUCCUCCCCCCCUCCCCCUCCUCUCCCUCCUCUCCCUCCUCCCCCUCCUCCCCCUCCUCCCCCUCCUCUCCCCCUCCCUCCUCCCCCUCCCCCGCCUCCCCCUCCUCCCCCUCCUCCCCCUCCUCUCCCUCCUCUCCCUCCUCUCCCUCCUCCCCCCCUCCCCCUCCUCUCCCUCCUCCCCCCGCCUCCCCCUCCUCUCCCUCCUCUCCCCCUCCCCCGCCUCCCCCUCCUCCCUCCUCUCCCUCCUCCCCCGCCUCCCCCUCCUCUCCCUCCUCCCCCUCCUCCCCCUCCUCUCCCUCCUCCCCCGCCUCCCCCUCCUCCCCCUCCUCUCCCUCCUCUCCCUCCUCUCCCUCCUCCCCCCCUCCCCCCUCCUCCCCCUCCUCUCCCUCCUCCCCCCUCCCCCUCCUCCCCUCCUCCCCCUCCUCCCCCUCCUCCCCCUCCUCCCUCCCUCCUCCUCCCCUCCUCUCCCUCCUCCCCCUCCUCCCCCUCCUCUCCCUCCCUCCCCCUCCCCCUCCUCCCCCUCCUCCCCCUCCUCCCCCGCCUCCCCCCCCCCUCCCCCCUCCUCUCCCUCCUCCCCCUCCUCCCCCCCUCCCCCCCCCCCCCCCCUCCCCCGCCUUCCGCCUGGUCUCCCCCACCGCCGCAGGACCCUCUCUGCUCCAGUGUGAGGUCGUCAGCUGAUCGGACCUGA